AAACCUCUACAUUUGCACAAUGACAAAUUAUAAUUUCAAACACAUCGCCAUCAUCUUUAUUCUCAUAUCAAUUUUGAUCCCUCGAGUUUUAUCAGUAGUAGAAGAUUGUGGAGCAGAAGAAGAUAACUCAUGUGUCAAUAAAUCGAAAGCGUUACCCUUAAAAAUCAUUGCCAUAGUUUCCAUAUUAAUCACUAGCAUGAUCGGAGUAUGUCUUCCAUUAGUUACACGUUCUAUCCCAGCCCUAAGCCCGGAACGAAGCCUUUUCGUGAUAGUCAAGGCAUUUGCUGCCGGAAUUAUAUUGGCUACGGGGUUUAUGCACGUGCUACCGGACUCAUUCGACAUGUUGUCAUCGAGUUGCCUUAAGGAGCACCCAUGGCACAAAUUCCCCUUCACUGGAUUUGUGGCUAUGUUGUCUGCUAUAGUUACAAUGGCUAUUGACUCUAUAGCUACUAGCUUGUAUAGCAAAAAACAUAAAGCUGGUUUGGUUAAUCCAGAAAUUGGUGGUGUUGAUCAAGAAAUGGGUGCAGUAAAUGGUGGACAUUCACAUCAUCAUCAUGGAUCAUUUUCGACUAAAGAUGGAGUUGAAGGCACAAAAUUACUACGAUACAGAGUCAUUGCCAUGGUGUUAGAGCUGGGAAUCAUAGUUCACUCAAUAGUGAUAGGGAUUUCACUUGGUGCUUCAAACAAUACAUGUACAAUAAAAGGACUUGUUGCUGCACUUUGCUUUCAUCAAAUGUUUGAAGGAAUGGGACUUGGUGGUUGCAUUCUUCAGGCUGAGUACAAGUUCUUGAAGAAGGCACUAAUGGCAUUUUUCUUCGCAGUAACAACUCCAUUUGGUAUAGCACUUGGUAUGGCAUUAUCAACUACUUAUGAAGAAAAUAGUCCACGGGCGUUAAUAACCGUUGGAUUGCUGAAUGCAUCAUCUGCUGGCCUUUUGAUUUAUAUGGCUUUGGUUGAUCUUCUUGCUGCUGAUUUUAUGGGUGAUAAAUUACAAGGCAGUGUCAAGCUACAAAUUAAGUCAUACAUGGCCGUUCUUCUUGGGGCUGGUGGAAUGUCAGUCAUGGCAAUUUGGGCCUAGUUUUUUUUUUUUUCAUAUAAGUUUGUGAAAUACCUCCUUUAUUGAAUUGCAAAAUUGUAAUCGUGUAUCCUUUUCAAUUUCGUGAUUAAAUUUGAAUUGCAAAGUAUUUGCCUCACUUU